UAGCUGCACCAUAUAUGAGUGUGCUGUGUCCGAUGCAAACCAUUUUGCAUUUUGCAAACCAUUAACAUGUACUUAUUGCAGCUUGGCCAGUGCACGCCACUGCACUUAGCAGUAAUACUAGAAAUGGAAAGCUUAGGCUAGAAAUGAAUAAAAUAAACAAAGAAGAAAUAUGCCAGGUUAUGAUGCCGAGGAUGCGCUCGUUGCGGGCGACCCGCUGUCGAACCCAGCCCGGUCAGACGACAGCCAACACGGUAUGCAGGUACCAGCACCACUUCUGUCAGAUGGAACGCCUGGAGGGCUUCUCGCUAUGCCAGAUGCACAUUCUGGAGGACCGGUCGGCAUCAUACCGGCCCUGCUCCUUCAUCUACGGCAACGGCAGGAAGUGCGGCGUGCCCGUGCCCAAGAAGGACAGCCAUCACCAGUGCGCCGAGCACCGGCGGCGCCUGAUGCUGGCCCGUGAGCGGUGCGAGCGCACCAAGCAGCCAGCCGAGUCGCUGGACACGCUGGCCGAGCAGCUGCAGGAGGGCCAGACGGCCGACCCGCAGACCUCAGGCGAGGCCUGGGAGGCGGCGCAGCGGCCGCUGCGGUACCGCUCCGACACGAGCUCGGACGAGGAAGAGGGCGACCGCGUAGUGGAGAGUCCGCUCGAGCAGGGUCUCAGCUCCGACGACGCCGACGUCGGGCUCAGCUCCGAAGACGACGACGACGACGACCUGCUCCGGCACGCCGGCGUCUACACCGACGAGGAGGUGGUCCGGCUGGCCGAGCAGAAGCUGCGCCGACUGCAGCGGCUCUACCGGGGCCAGUUCCAGCGGCUGCAGCACGUGCUGCAGACCAAGCGACGCGCCUACCUGAUAGAGGUCGCCCGUGAGAAGGAGACCAUGAAGAGCAUCAGCGGCGCGCCCCGCGAGGCGACCUCUGAGCAGCAGGCCUACAGCCGACUGCGCGCCUACGGCCACUACCAGAGGCCGGCCGGCAAGGACUAUCUCUUUUGGCACCACCGCAACGAGAAGCGUGCCGCCGAGGCGGGCGGUCCGGCGCGGACCCCGGCGUUCACGCGGUGCGCGCACGCCGAGGGACGGGUCCGCUGCGGCCAGCGCACCGUCCCGCUCAGCAAGUUCUGCCUCAAACACAUUCUGGAGGACCAGCACCAAGUGCUGUUUCGCCGGUGCGGCGACGGCGGUCCAGACGAGCCGUGCCAGACGCCGGUGGCCGCGCUCCGAACGGAGAGUCGCUGUCCACUGCACACUCUGCUGCCGGCCGAGGGCGCCGUCCGGCUGCCGCAGGUGCAAGACCCUGUGGAGGCCAUGUUCGGUCUGGCAGACGGCGACGACCUUCUGCUCGACGAGAGCCAGAGCUCCCUGGUGGCCAGCAUCGCGAACACGCUGAUGGCUUCCGCCGAAGCCCGGGCAGGUGGCGCCACCGAGCCGCCGCUGGGCGGCGCUGAUACUGUCGAGCCGUGCGAUCUCGUCUCCGCGGCGACCGCUGGGUCGGCGGGCGUCAAGUCGGACACCACGUCGGAGGUGGACGUGACCGGUGACACGAGGUCGGCGUCACCGUCGGACGCCGGCCAGGAGGGCGCGGGUGCGGAUCCGACGCAGCCCGGUGAAGCGGACGUGACGGGCGCCGCGGGGGACUGCGCCGGUCCAGAGAUGGUGGAGCAGGCGGCAGAGGAGUGAACGGUAUCUCGCCCCCGCCUUGUCAGGUGCGGAGGUUUGAGACUGGAGCAUUGGAAAUGCCGCUAAGUGUGAUAAGUGGUCGCAUAGAGUUCGAGGUUUUCGCGUUGUGGUAUAUUUCAUGUCAUCCGAAAGGUGUUCUCGUGUGAUGCAUUUGUAUACGCCAGUUGCGGGCGUACUUAUGACUUCACUGAGCAACAGCAGUAAGUGGUUGUUAUUUUUCUAACGUUGGCGUGGGUUUUAGGCUCGGAAAGUUGUUGCUCAUUCAUCUGUAUGUGGUCUGGAAAUAAAUUGAAUGGUGUGCUACCUGGCAAUUGCCUCGUGCUGCUACCACCCGCUGGGUUGCACAUAUCCAAUACAUUACCAGGUGACA